UUAUUUAACUGCCUAUAUCUAUUCUGGGUAACAGCAGCAAGGCCACAGUCACUGCCUCUUCCAUUUGUGGGAGUCUUCAAGGAUGGAGGAUGGUUCCCACCGGGCUGUGUGAAGUGUGGCUGUGCCAGCCCUCCUAACCGUGAAGACCUGUCAUCAAAGACAGAGCCUGGACAGGCCUGGUUCAUCCUACUGGGUUCCAGGAGUUGAUUGAAGCCUUAGCAGGAACAUGAGUGAGGAGACAGUCCCCGAGGCGGCCUCCCCGCCACCCUCUCAGGGGCAGCACUACUUUGACCGGUUCUCUGAAGAUGACCCUGAGUACUUGCGACUUCGCAACCGUGCAGCUGACCUGCGACAGGACUUCAACCUGAUGGAGCAGAAGAAGAGGGUCACCAUGAUCCUGCAGAGCCCUUCUUUCAGGGAGGAGCUGGAAGGCCUCAUCCAGGAGCAGAUGAAGAAGGGCAACAACUCCUCCAACAUCUGGGCCCUCCGGCAGAUCGCGGACUUCAUGGCCAGCACCUCCCACGCAGUCUUCCCAGCUUCUUCCAUGAACUUCUCCAUGAUGACACCCAUCAAUGACCUCCACACUGCCGACUCCCUGAACCUGGCCAAGGGGGAGAGGCUUAUGCGGUGCAAGAUCAGCAGCGUCUACCGUCUCCUGGACCUCUACGGCUGGGCACAGCUCAGCGACACCUAUGUCACGCUGAGAGUGAGCAAGGAGCAGGACCACUUCCUGAUCAGCCCCAAGGGGGUUUCCUGCAGCGAGGUCACAGCCUCUAGCCUGAUUAAGGUGAACAUUCUGGGAGAGGUGGUGGAGAAGGGUAGCAGUUGCUUCCCAGUGGACACCACAGGCUUCAGUCUGCACUCAGCCAUCUAUGCCGCCAGGCCCGACGUGCGGUGUGCCAUCCACCUGCACACACCUGCCACAGCAGCGGUGUCAGCUAUGAAGUGCGGCCUCCUGCCUGUCUCCCAUAAUGCCCUGCUGGUGGGGGACAUGGCCUACUAUGACUUCAAUGGGGAAAUGGAGCAGGAAGCUGAUCGAAUCAACUUGCAGAAGUGCCUUGGACCCACCUGCAAGAUUCUGGUGCUAAGAAACCAUGGCAUGGUCGCCCUGGGUGACACUGUGGAGGAAGCUUUCUACAAGGUCUUCCACCUUCAGGCUGCAUGUGAGGUACAGGUGUCGGCUCUGUCCAGUGCUGGGGGCGCUGAGAACCUUAUCCUCCUGGAGCAAGAGAAGCACCGGCCGCACGAGGCGGGCUCUGUGCAGUGGGCCGGCAGCACCUUUGGGCCCAUGCAGAAGAGCCGGCUGGGAGAGCACGAAUUUGAAGCCCUCAUGAGGAUGCUGGACAACUUAGGCUACAGAACAGGCUAUACAUACCGCCACCCCUUCGUCCAAGAGAAAACCAAACACAAAAGCGAGGUGGAGAUCCCAGCCACCGUCACUGCCUUUGUGUUUGAAGAGGAUGGAGUCCCAGUCCCCGCCCUGCGCCAGCAUGCCCAGAAGCAGCAGAAGGAAAAGACCCGCUGGCUUAACACUCCCAACACCUACCUGCGGGUGAACGUGGCUGACGAGGUGCAGAGGAACAUGGGCAGUCCCCGACCAAAGACCACGUGGAUGAAGGCUGAUGAAGUGGAAAAGUCCAGCAGCGGUAUGCCCAUACGGAUCGAAAACCCAAACCAAUUUGUGCCUCUCUACACUGACCCCCAAGAAGUGCUGGACAUGAGGAACAAGAUUCGAGAGCAAAACCGACAAGACAUAAAGUCAGCCGGGCCUCAGUCUCAGCUCUUGGCCAGCGUCAUCGCCGAGAAGAGCCGGAGUCCGUCUACAGAGAGCCAGCUGGUGUCCAAGGGCGAUGCAGAUACCAAAGAUGAAUCGGAGGAGACGGUGCCCAACCCCUUCAGCCAACUCACUGACCAGGAGCUGGAGGAGUACAAGAAGGAGGUGGAAAGGAAGAAGCUAGACCAGGAACAGGAAGGGGAGAAGGACACAGCCCCAGAAGAGCCUGGUUCACCUGUAAAGUCCACACCUGCGUCCCCAGUGCAGAGCCCAACGAAAGCAGGGACCAAGAGCCCAGCAGCCUCUCCUUCCAAGGCUUCGGAGGAUGCCAAGAAGACAGAAGUCAGCGAUGCCAACACAGAGGCUGAGCCAGUGAAACCGGAAGGGGUGGUGGUGAAUGGGAAGGAGGAGGAACCCGGUGUGGACGAGGCCCUCAGCAAAGGACUGGGCCAGAUGACCACCACCACUGACACUGACGGCGACAGUUACAAGGACAAAACCGAGUCAGUUACCAGCGGUCCCUUGUCCCCAGAGGGCUCACCCUCUAAGUCACCCUCCAAAAAGAAAAAGAAAUUCCGAACCCCCUCGUUCCUGAAGAAGAGCAAGAAGAAGGAGAAGGUGGAAUCCUGAUCAGUGGCUCAGUGGGUCCUGCUGCAUCCCUGCCCUCCCUCCUUACCCUUCUCUUAGCUCUGCCCCUGAAGCACAGGGCCAAGGAGGGACAGUGGAGGGCUGGGAUCUCACUCAGAGGGGAACUUAGAGCCUGCCUUCCCAGAGCAGCCAGGUCUCGUCCACAGUCACAGUGAGCUGGCAGCAGAGCCUGCCCUAGAUCUGAGCUUCCUGACUCCCACGGUCAUGGCCAUGCUCUGCCCUCUUUUCAACACUGCCUAGUCCUGGGCUGCCUGUUAGGACACCGCCUGCCCACCUGAGCCCAGGGUAGGAAGGCCAAACACCAGGCACUGUCUGGAUGCUCACAGACCAAGGCUGCUUCUGAGUAAGGUCCAUCUCUUCCCAGGAAUCCUGCCUCCUGCUGAUGGAGUUGUCUCCACAGCAAGAAGCCAUGCUUCUCUCUUCCAUUUUGGGUCCCUUUUCCCCCUGCUCAGGCAGACUGAUCUGUCCCCACCAAUAGAAGUUAAUUAAUCUUUGAUCCCCAGGCUGAUGGCUUAGCUUGUGCUUUUCCAAACACUAACCCUGAGCUUUGUCCAUGGAACCCAUUGAGCAGAAGAACUCUAAGAGCCAUCAGUAGAGGGCGAGCUAAGUCAGCCUGAGUGGGGGAGGGGAGUGUCACCAAUCUAUGAGCCCAGGAACCUGAUCUGUCUGUAUUGUGCUUCUCACAGGCUGAAAAAUUAAACCCAAAUGUAGCUUAAGAAAAAGUCUCAUGCUCAGGGAAGAAAUUCUGGGACAUCAAAAUCUGCUGCUGGCAUUGAGUUGUGUGAGGAGGUCAGAUACCCCUUUGGCUUGGCAUGGACCGUGCCUGCCUCACUCUUUGUCUGGCAGUCAGGUGUCCCUUGGCCUUCCCACAUCCCCAAGAGCUCUUGCCCACAGACCAGAACAUCUUGCUCUUGGCAUCUUGACCUUGGUUCUUUGAGUCCCAACUCUUGAGUCAGAGGGUCCCGCAGAAGAUGGUCAGAAAUGAGUCUUUUGGGGUUAAUUCUCUCUCACCAACUUUCAAAGACGUGGCUGACACUCCCAACGCUACCAGUCUCCUGAAUCCUGGGGCUUGGUGAUAGGCAGAGCUGUUGUUUUAAAUACCAACACUAGUUUUCCCCCCAUACCCUCCCAAGGAGUGUUGGAUAAUGAACACUUCCGAUUCCAAGACAAUCCAUCUUCUUAAAGCACAGCGUCUUCAAAGAGCAUUUCUCUUUUUCUGUCCUGACUAUCGUAAAGGUAUUUUUGAAGUUUCUUGACUCAUCGGUUUUCACUUUGCACACGUGUGUCUACAGGCCCUGCGCUGGUUUCCCCCUCUGCCCUCUCCAUCCUCCACAAACUGAACCCUUUCAGGGUUAACUGACUGCUGAGCAGGGUGCGAAGGCUCAGUCUGAACCCAGGUCUGUCUGAGCUGAGUCCUGCCUCGCCCCAGAUGUGGUGAAUGGACAAUGGCCUUGGCCUGUUAGCCAUCUCUUCAAUUGGUCUUGGCUGUGGAGUAUUAGCCCUGGAGAUGAAGGUAGAGAGGCCACCUGUGGUCACUCAGUGGCGCAGUCAGCUGUGGAUGGUGGGAUGUCUAUGCCUCUGACAACAGAGCUGAGCCCUCUGGUUGACCAGGAAAUCCCACCACAGUUGGCUGGCUCUCGAACAGAGCUGAGAAUCUAGUGCAGAUCCGGAGCCACUGCCCAGGCCCUGUUUUGCUCUGCUUUCUGGUUGAGUCAAGUCUAAUGAGAGACAACCCAAUGUCCCCGUGUAUGGAUGCUCAGAGACGUCUAUCCUGUAGGUGAUGCCGUCUUAAAAAUAAGAUUUCACAUUCAUGCAUUCAUUCAUUCAUCCAUUCAUUCCUUCAUUCUCAUUUAGCAUUUAUUAGGCAUCCACUUGUAUCGGACAUUUUUAAAAAAAUGAGCAGAGUUGACCCUGCAGAAGCGACAUGUGUGAGCCGGUGCUGAGAAGAGGUCCGUGGACUCUGUCCAAUGAGCUCUCCUUAUCCAUCUCCUUAUAUAGCACUGAUGCUUGCUUAGGUUAAAAUGUCAGCACUUUCCCUGAGCAUCCUCCUUCCAGAUAAUUGAUGGCCGAUUUGGUUAUUAAAAAAGAGAGGAACUUCUGGGGGAAAAAUAGCAGAGGUGGACAGAUGUGGGAACGUGGGACUCCACACCGUGUCCUUCUGAGCUGUGCCAGAGCCUUUUGUGAAAGGUGAUAGGGAGUGGUUCACAUCCCAGGUGAGCAGACCUGGGUCUGAAGAACCCUUGUAGACAGUGUGAGAGAUCUGAAUUUUACCAUACUCUGGACACGGAGGACUGUUAAUUAGGGUAGAAUCACACAUAGAAGUGUGCACACGUAGAAGUGUGUUGUAGGGCCUUUGGUGGCUGAGUGAGGGUGCACAGGAAAAGUUGUCGGCCGAUCUCACAGGCUGUGUUCUCCCCUACUGCGUGCGAAAAGCACCGGAAGAAGUGUUUACUGAGCUAAUGAUGUUGGGUUCUCAGCCUCAGACCCUGUUUCUCUUUGGGAUUAGAUCACAGGAGAAGUGUAAAGACAUUUUAUCAGUUUCCUUCUUCCCUUGCACAUAAAGGAUGCUGUGGGCACAGCCCUGAGGACUGUAGAAGUGUCUGUGUGUCCCACACAGGACAUUUCUUUGGCUCUGUAAACAUUGGCUUGAGGUUUGACUGGUGAGGAGGGAUUGUGUAAGAUAAGGAUUUAACACUUGUUUCUCACUGAGCCACUGUAGUUCCUACAGAGAAGGGUCAGAAGGUUGAACUGGUGCUACUGUGUGACCAGCUGACCAGAAAAGCAAAAUGGCUUCUUAGCCUGCUUUCACACACUGUAGAGUGUUACAGAGAGGCAAUCCUGGCUCCUGUGAUGUCAUACAUGGGGAGUGCUUGUGAUCUGUGACUAUCCCCCAAAAUAAAAAUAAACAAAAACAAAAACCCCUGCCCAGAGAUGUUCUGCACCACAGUCUGAAUCUGGCCUGCUCCCUCUUAAACCUUGGGAAGCGCCAGCAGACCCUUGGGAGUGAGUGUGAAGUCCUUGCUCUGGGGACAGGGGGCGUGAGGGACAUUCAUGAGGACCACAAGCCCCUCUCAUUCCCCAUUGUAAGGCACUGCUCUGAGCCACCCAAUCAUGAGACAGUGCCUGAGCCUAGCCUGGCACAGGUGAGCAUGUGACCAGGUGGCAGACGCCCGGCCUUGUGAUAGCAGGGUCUCCACUCUGGUUGACUGCACUGAAAUGCUGUAAUGGAUCUGUAAGAACCAUUCGCUCCUGUGAUGUGAGUGCAGACGGUUAGGCCCAAGUUUGGACAUAGUAAAGAAGGUUUGCUUAAGGACAGGAUUCAGCCCUAUGUAGACUAGUGUGUCAGGCCUUUUCAUAAAUGUGAAUUUUAUGUCUUAGUUCUAGGCCAAAUAUCAUGAGUUCUUGACAGCCAAACAGGACUAUUGAAGCACCCACUCCUGUGCUAAUUUUACACAUGUUGCUCCACAAAUAUCCAGGGACUCCUGGCAUAGUUGCCAUCCACUGAGGACAGAGGGGCCAUGAGGCCUAUGUCCUUUCUUGUCACUAAGUCCAAUUGAACUUUCUAUGAUCCUAUAUAAUUCGGAAAGACUGAGAAAUGAAUGAAAUGAUAGAUACCUGCUUCCACUUCCCAUGGAGAGGACAAGGCACCUCACCGCUUAACGUGUAAUAGGAAUUCAUGCCUGAGAUGGGCGCUUUAAUAUGAGAAGGAAGGGUCCAGAGGAGACUGAAAUUCACGAAACACAUGUAUUUGGUUUUUACCUGCACAUCCUCUUUCUCCGAUGUGAAGAGGCAUCCACAGUACUGUGAUUACUUCCCAGCGCCCUAACUAACCAGGAUGCAGUGCUCUUCCUGUCAGAAACAAGAGGCCAUAUAUAAAGCUCUGUUCCCAAGGCACUCAAAUGCCCCUCACUGGAGAAGCCACCUUGUCCAGAAGUCUGUGGGGAUCUCACACAGUGGGAUUUACUGCAGUGGACAGCCUUUCGUCAUCUUUGCACUAAUAGCGCCCUGGAGAAGGCAGGCUGCUUUUCAUAGGAACAAUGAGCAAAGCAGUAUUUGGGUGACCCUAGAAAGUAUGGAAGAAGUUGCAUUCUGCCUCAUUCACAUGUGGGUGACAUUAGACUUUUGCCAAAUUGAUCUUAGUGCCGCUUGUCUCCAAGAUUCUCCCACAACUUGGGUGAUGAGUUUGAGGAUGUAGGGCCAGAGACAGAAGAGGCUCUCGGUGCUGGGAAGGCUCAGGCACAGGCUGGCCUGAGAAGGCAGUCUUCUAUGGGAGUCAGGUCCUCAGUACCUCCCUCAUGCACCCUGUCCUAAGCACCCAGAUGAGGGUGGACCCUGAGGGCUCUCCCCUAUCUCUUGGGUAGAAGUGACAUCUCAGAAGCUCAGGGGACGGUGAUAAGGAUCUAAACUCCCCUCUCCUGCAGCAGACCAUCCUGUGUAUCUCAAAUGCCCCUUUAAUAUGAAUCAGGAUGGCAGUUAGACCGAAACCCAGGGGUCGCACUUGAGAAACAUCACAAACCCUUAUAUGAUGGCAAUCCAUUUGGAGAAGCCCCAGACCCUCGUUUCGUUGCCACCUUGCUCCUGUGGGUCUUACUAUUUUGGUGAAUCAUACCACAAGACUGUCCUCUCUGUAAACUUUUGAACUGCUGGAAGUGAUGGGAACCCAAUGUGUGUGACACAUCUCUGUCGGCUAUUCAGGGGCUCCUGGGGAGGUGGGUGUUAGAAAGGGGGCUCAUGUAUGGAAAUGUAGGGUCCUCCCUUUCUGAGAAGAGGUGAGGUGGAGGGGGUGAGGCAGGUACCUAACAGGACUCAUGGGACGCAGGGUCAUGGCAUCCCAGGCUGGCCAGGGAGUGCAGUGUCUCGUCAGUAAUGCUGUGGGUGGUUUUGGUGAAAUGUCUGUCUGACAAUCGUCACACGAGCGUAUGACUUACUGUCUUCCCUUGUACAUAGGCUGUCUGUGUUUGGCUUUUCCUAGUACUGUGAGGUUUCCCAGAGGGAUUCCAUGUACUACUCUGUGCUGUGACAAUGCCACUCUCCCCCAAGGUCACACAUCAUCCCCACAAAUGGUUCUGCCUUCCUCUAUGCUAACGCAUUGAGCCACUGAUAUGCAGUUGGAUGGAUAGGCUCUUGGACUUUAUUUUGCAAUUUUAUAUAUAUAUACAUAUAUAAUAUAUAUAUUUAUGGGUUGGUUUUAUAUGGUUUUCUGUUUGAAUCUAUGAGCAACAGAGCUUCCCUUUGAUUUUCAUGAGAACUUUCCAAAGGCCUUUUGCUGCUUUGGUGUCUGACUGUGUUUGGGGUGGACUCUGCUUGUGGGUUUCUCUGUGUGCCGUUAUUUCACCUGCAGAUCUUACCCUAGUAAACCAGAUGUGCUUGGCUUCCCAA